CCUGAAUCUUUCAUCAUUUCCAAGCAUCCAACGCUCACUCACCAUCCAUCAUUUUGUUGCUUAAUAGCCACCUUUUCUAAGCAAAGCCUCGCCUGACACGUGCUUUGGCACACACUUCUCUAUCAUCAUGGCAAAGAGAGGUCGACCGAUGCUGAAUCUCAGCCCAGAGGAGAGAGUCGCUCGCAGGCGCGCUCAACUUGCCGACUCGCAACGGAAACUGAGAGCCAACAAGCGACAAGGCGAAUCCAAAGCCAACGGAUACCGUAGGCAAUCCAGCCGAAGUUCUUCAGACACGUCAUCACCCCCAGCGCACCGGCUCGAGCGCUCUCCCUUGGGUGGCCGCGAUGCUGCGAUGGCACGACAAUCCAAGGGCUCGGACAGUCCUCCCUACAUCGCUCGUCAUGUAUGGGGGGUGACAAGAUUCGGGGACAAGGCUACAGACAUUACUCGCCCUUUCUGUGGCCAAUCCUCAGACAUAGCUGUACCCGUCGCAGCUAUGUCAAUUCCUUCGUCGUCACGAUAGAUCACCCGUCCGAAUUCCUUCCAUGCAUUGAAGGAAUGUAUCUGAAUGGGGUGUCCCAUGGGAUGGCUGGUCAUGAUGCAUCGACGGAACUCUUUUCGUUAUCCGAUGAUCUCACCCUCAAUAUCCAAGCCUACGGUAACGAUAUUUCCGAUGUAUCGACCGGGUUCCUUUCGUCCGUCGGCGAUGUGGCCACCAACGACCAAUCCUACUGCACGAGCAUCUAUGAAGGCUUUGCUGGCGAAUUCUUUGAUCAUUGUCAGAUCGAUCCGUCAUUAGAGUUCUCG